UUAAAAAUUGCCUAAAAAAAAGCUUACAAAAAUAGUAUCACAAAAUGAGUUAUUUUUAAUUUACAUUUUUUUGUUGAUUCCUAUUAUAAAUAUUAUAAAAUGCAGUAUUCUAUUCUCAACGAAAAGUAUUACUUAUUGAAGAAUUUUUUGUGUUAUGAACAUUGUUUCUAUAAUUAGAGCAAAGUUUACAUAAAUUAUGAUUUUACUAAAGCAAACAACACGAUUUUCUCCAUUAAGAAAGAAGCAAAUCAAAAGAACGGCUGAAGUGUGGUCUAACAAUACUGAGGAUGGUGCACCUCGAAAUGACAGGAGUCCAAUUAGGCAACAAUGCUCUUACCAUAAGUGACCUCCCAAAUGAAUUACUAAUAUACAUAUUUUCUAUGAUCGAUUUUGAGUCUCUGCUGGCUGUGGCGAAGGUUUGCAUGCGGUGGCAGCAGCUUUGUUUGACUCCAUGUGUAUGGGAUAACACCAAGCUGAUUGUAUGUAUGAAAAAUUAUGUGAGUAUCAGAGAAAGCAUUGUGCCUUUUGUGGCAAAGUAUUUAAAGAAUGUAAAAUUGCAGUAUUUCAAGCUGUAUUCACAAGUCAGGUCUUCCCUAAUCAGCUAUUGUCCAAAUUUGACUCAUUUAGAAAUAAGUAUAUCACAAGUUGAUAGCUGUAUUUUUGAUGACCUUGGCCACUGGCCCAACUUGAAAUUCUUGAGCUUUCGUAACUCUCUGAUUGUACAGAAUCCAGAGAAUGCUAAUGGCAAUUUUGUUUAUCAUUUACCAUUUGAGAAAUUACGAAAUUUAGAGACCCUUGUUUUGUCAAACUUUGCAUUAACACCCAGUAGCCUGUACAGUAUGCUGCAAUGUCCAAAUUUAGUGAGCAUUAAUAUGGAGAAGAUGAAGAAUAUUCCUGCAGAUUUCCUGGAAUCUCUACUUGUGAGAAAACAGAGUUCCUUGAGAGCUUUGCACAUCUAUGGGGAUACUCUGAAUGAUGAUAUAAUGCGGCAUAUUUCCACCUGCAAAGUGUUGCAAGUGCUCCACAUAAUGACAUGUAAAACACUGUUUGACUCUAGUUUGCUGCACUUGUACAGGCUUAAAAACAUACAUUCACUGAAGUUGCGGCAUGGUUAUUUCUCCACUAGCGCAUUACUUGCAUAUUUCUCCAGCAACAUGUUUCAGCACUUGACAUACCUUAGUCUCUCGAGAUGCCUCCAUGUAACCAUGCAAGUUGCUAAGGCAAUAAAAGCUAGUGCUCCAAACCUGAAGGAACUCUCAUUCUACCUGUGCCCAUUCAUUAUAGGCCCAGAUUUUAAUAGGUCAGAAUUAGAGAAAAUGUUUGACAUCCAAUUGCUCCUUGAUUGAAACUCAUGUUAAGGAACAGAAGCAGCUUAGAUAUCCGUCCACCUUUACAAAUGUAUUUAUUCAAAGAACUACAGCUAUUUAACAUGAUGAAGAUUAUGAAUCAGAAGUUUAGUGGUUAAAAUCAAUCAAGUUUCUGCAUUAGGGUUUAACAUGAUAUUAUGAUGUUUCUUUUGAUUGAUGUAUUGAAUCAGUUUAUAAAAUGUGAUCUAUCUUUUCACAUUUUGUUUAUACCCAUAGCCAAAACAUAUAAUUAUAAAGUGUAAUGUGGUUAAAUAAUUUGUAAAAAAAAGGGUGUGUAACCACUAUAUAAUACAGGCUUGGUGAUGAUUGUGGCCUCCAUGACAAAGUCAUAUUUUUUUAAAUUAUUUAAAUAAUAUUGAAUUUAGUAUGUAGGGUAGGAUAACUGUUGCUAAUGUGUCAACUAAUGCUUUAGUUUGAAAUUUAUUAUUUACAGUAUUUAAAAGGUUGAGUUUUGUUUUCAAGACUAUAUAAUAUAAUAGAAAGACUCACUACUGUCCCGAUGGCCACUGCCUAGAGGAAGUAUUGAGGACAGUCAAUUAAAUAAGAAGUGCCUUACAGGGGUUCCUACUGGAACAUUGAUAAAGCGAAUUUGAAAAGCGGCAAAAUUUUCGAAUAUUAAUUUAUUUUGUAGAAUUAUAAAAAUUUUAUUUGAAUAUUACUGUAAUGAUUUGGUUUUUUAAUUUUGAAACAUGUUAUAGUCAGAUUUUUUCCACAAUACAACAUUGUUUCAUACUUAUUUAAUAACAGUAUGUUUUUUUAUAUGUGACCCAUCAUACACUCCUUAUGAAAUGCAAUUUCUAAUAUUAUUCCAAUUCUUGUUAGCAAAGAUGAUUUAAGUAGCUGUGAUCUUUGUGUAAGUCAUUCUCUGCCAUUGUUAUGUUUUAAUAUACCAGGUAAAACAUGUUUCCUAAAUUUUAAAAUAAAACUAAAACAUUACAGUCAUAUUACGGCAUAAGGCUAGGCAAAAUAUCUGUAUUAUCUACUUAGCGUGUAAAGUAUUCAAUGUGAUUUAAUAGUUGAUUAUUGUAUUUGUUUGUGCUGUUUUAAUAUCAUACACCUGCAAUAAAAAUAUAUUUUCAACAAUA